ACAGUGGGUGGGCAGAGCUGCUGCUGUGACAGUCAAAUAGACGCAGCGGCUUUUACACAGAAAAUUAGAGGAAAUCAGUCUGGUCAUGCAGCUGUCUAUUCAAAACAGGUGAAAUUCUAAAAAGUGAUUAGGAUUAUGAUGGGAUUAUGAAAUUAUUCUGACAAACAGUCUACAGUCAUGCAAAGUAUGAACUGAUUAAUGAAGAACAGCGAUGAUAACGUUAUAAAGAAGGGAUGAGAAGAGGUGAUGGAGGAAACCGCCACGAAAUUAGGCCAAAAAAAAAUGAACAUGAGGAUUUUAUAUGAGGGGACCAAGAACAUGGUUUUGAUGCUUUAUGGAAUCUAAAUAACUUUUUUCUACCAUGCAUAAGAGAUUGAUACGUCGGAGGUUGCCUGUCUUGAUUUUCACCUUCUUCAUCAUUCUCUACGUGGAUUUUCAAUUACGCACCAGCAGCCCUCCCAAACUCAGUGGGGUUCAAGAGCAGUUAAUCUAUGUGCUUCGACGCCCGAUUCAGCAGGCUCCAUCCCCGGCCAGGGACGCACCGAUCCCGGCUAGCAACAGCAGCAGCAGCAGCAGCGGGACCGGAGGUGCACAUGUCACCCAGCCGAAACUGAAGCUGGAGGACAUCUUCGUCGCUGUGAAGACCACCGGGAGGUUCCACAAGACGCGUCUCGCGCUCCUUUUGGAGACAUGGAUCUCCAGAACCAAGGCGCACACGUUCAUUUUCACAGACACGGAGGAUGAGGACUUACGUUCAGAAGGUCACAACAUGGUGGUAACAGGCUGCCAGUCAGAUCACAGCCAGCAGGCACUGUCCUGCAAGAUGUCUGCCGAGUACGACGGCUUCAUGGCAUCAGACAAGAGGUGGUUUUGUCACGUGGACGAUGAUAACUACGUGAACCCGGAGGCCCUCCUCUCCCUGCUCUCGGCCUUUCCCCAGGACAGCGACAUCUACGUGGGCAAACCGAGCCUGGACAGGCCCAUCACUGCUCACGAACUGCUGGAGGGCAAUGCAACGAGGGAAGUGCGGUUCUGGUUCGCUACAGGAGGAGCAGGAUUCUGUCUGAGUCGGCGGCUGGCGGAGAAGAUGGCUCCAUGGGCCAGCGGCUCCCGGUUCGAGGAGACGUCGGCGACGAUCCGUCUCCCUGACGACUGUACGGUGGGCUUCAUUGUGGAGAAGAGGCUGGGCAUCUCCAUGGUCCACUGUCCUUUAUUCCACUCCCACCUGGAAAACCUGCUGCUCAUCAGCCACAAAAGCAUACCACACCAGGUGACUCUGAGCUAUGGGAUGUUUGAGAACAAGAUGAAUAGCAUUGAGGUGAAAGGAAGCUUCUCUAAGGAGGAAGACCCCUCCAGGUUUAAGACUGUCCACUGCAUGCUGUAUCCUUUCACCAGCUGGUGUCCUUGAACUCUUCAUAGAAGACUACAACUUCCAAACACGCAGGGGAUGCAGACACCAGAACUGGAGAAUCAGAAAGUAGCAGUGAAGCCUUGGACAACAGAGGAUUUAACUGUAGAAAUCUGGCCUCCCAUAACGGCUCACUCUUAGUUGCCUGAACCUGCUUAAACGAGUGAUCAGAUGGACACUCACAGACAGAUAUUAACAGGAUCAUGACUAUGAACUGUGAAAGGUUUUCUCUUCUUCACCUCUGUCUUACAAGAGACAGUUACAUGAAGAAAAUGGUGUCUUCACUACUGAAUGUUUUGGUUUGUUUGGAGGAUUUUUAUGUGGGAGUGAAGCACUUAAGACAAAGCAGCACUUUUGCUUUUCACUGAAACUUUGUCAAGUUGUUUUGUCGACAAAAAUAAACAUGAAAUUGUACUUAUUUCUAAAAUGUACACACAUAUUGAAUGAUUUGAUUAAAUUUAGCUUUACAUUUUUAUAACUGUUUCUUUCUGAUCAUUAAAACUGUCAAAGCGUUUGAGUUGAUGAUGAUUUAAACUGCACAGAGUCUGCACCUACAGGGCCUGAAUUGCCUCCAGGUAGUGUGGAGGUUGAAGUUGCUGAAUUUAUUUGAGUCUUUAUUGAUUUAAUGUGUGUGGCCUUGUGUGUGAGUGUGUUGUUAUGAAGGGGACGGUGUCCUUGUGCCUAUGAAGUCUCACACAAUGAACAUUCUGACCCACACCCUCCUUAUCCAAACCUCCUGUCCUCCCUCCCUCCUUUUUCUCACUUCCUCCCUACUUUCCUCCACCCCUCCAUCUGUCUCUCUGUUUACUUAGUCUUGUCCACAACUGCUGUGCUGGCUCCUCCAAGGCCAUGGCUGAAAGUAAAAUGAACUUCCACUUCCA